CUCCCUCGAUAGGUACACAAGGAUGCUCCAAAUUGUACGAUCACAAAGCUCCUUACCCGCGCUGUUACUCGCUCUCGCGUUCACCAUACCUGUCGGAUUAUGCGUCGUUGCAAUAUAUCGUCUAUUCUUCCACCCUCUCCGCCACUAUCCCGGACCAAAGCUCGCCGCUGUCUCCGAACUUUACCGCCUCUACUUUGAUAUCAUCAAGGGUGGAGAGAUGACAAACCAUUUGCAUACUCUACACGCUGCAUACGGUCCAGUCGUGCGCACCGGCCCCAACAGGUUACAUUUCAAUGACUAUGACGCCUUCUUCGACAUCUACCGUCCGGGAGCUUCGUUUCCCAAAGAUGCCAGUCUUUAUCACACGUUUCCCGGUAUGAAGGGAACAUCGUUCACCAUAACCGAUCCUGCAGCUGCGAAGGCCCGACGAGACCUUUUGAUGCCAAUGUUUUCCAGGAGGUCCAUUCUGCAGUUGGAAGAUACAAUCAAGAAGCGGGUUGGAAGGCUUGUAGAUAGGCUCUCGGCCUUUUCACUCAACACCCCUGUGGACUUAACCGCGGCGUUCAAGAGUGUUGCUGUGGACUUGAUAUCCGACUAUUGCACUGCGAACCCCUUGGGCGCCAUGGAUCACCCCACCUUCCAUCACCCCCUGGUAGACGGCAUCGAAGACUCGCUGAAGGGCUUUUGGUAUCUCAACCACUUUCCGUUCCUCCGGACCGCCAUGAACUACAUCCCGACCUGGAUUAUGCACCGUAUUAACCCGUCCAUGGCGGCUUUCCAAAUUUCGGCCGACGUCGCCACAAAGUUCAUCGCAGCCGCCGACGCGGACCCGUCGAUCCUGGACAAGACCGAGCACGAGACGGUGUACCAUCACAUCCUCAGCCCCGAGGCGAAGAAUAACGGCACCGUCCCCUCUCGGGAGAGUAUAGUCGCCGAAACGCUCGUCUUGCUGUUUGCAGGGAGCGAGACGAUUGCUAACGCUGCUGUCAUCGGCUUCUUCAACAUAAUCAGCAAUAGCAAAAUCCAUUGCCGCCUGGUAAACGAACUGAAGAAUGCUUGGGAGGAACAUGGGGAUAUGGGGUGGUCGGACCUAGAGAAGCUGCCCUACCUGACUGCGUGCAUUAAGGAGUCCCUGCGCUUCUCGUACGGUGUGGUUACACCACUGAACAGAGUCAUGCCUGAGGAUAUCAAGAUCGGUGCUUGGCCGGUCCCAGCAGGCACUGUUGUAGGGUCCAGUAUAGCUGUGAUCCAUCACAAGCCUGAGAUUUUCGUGGACCCGUAUACAUACAACCCCGACCGUUGGCUCGAGAACAAGGACCUCACAAAGUAUCUCGUCUCGUUCUCGCGGGGCCCGAGAUCAUGCUAUGGCAUUAAUUUGGCCUGGGCGGAGCUGUAUAUCCUGUUCAGCACACUGAUGCGUGAAUUCGAUUUCUCGAUUUACGACACGACAAUUGAGGACUUCCACUUGAAGGACUAUUUCAACGUGCGGUAUCAAGGUCGGCCGUUGCAAGUCUUGCUUAGACGGCGUAAGGCCUGA